ACUUAAAAUUUGUGGCAAAAAUCACCCCUACCCUUCUCCCAAGGUGCUCAUUAGUCUCUAUCCCCUUCUUCUUACAGUAUUAAGUGGAAUCUCAUCGUACAUGACAUGAGCAUAUCCACCUCUAGAUUUCCCUCUACAAAUAAUUAACCUUCCUCCAUCUCUUUCAACUAACUCUCAACCUUCUUCAAAUCUUCUCCCUCUUUUAUUUUCUUUAUUUCCUCCCAAAAAAUAAGGUGCAAAAUAAAAUCAACUAACCAUGACAGCAGACAACAAGAAAUCCCCAGAAAUUCCAGAUUGUUGUUACUAUCCAAACAAUCCCUUAUUAAUCACCCCAAAUCUUCCAACUCCUAAACAUUCACUUUAUCUCUCUAAUCUUGAUGAUCAAAAGUUCCUUAGAUUUUCCAUUAAAUACCUUUUCUUGUAUGAGAAAAGUGUUUGUGUUGAAAGUUUAAAGAUUUCUCUUUCUAAACUUCUUACUGAAUACUACCCUUUAGCUGGGAGAUUAAGAGCUCAAGAUGUUGUUAAUCAUGAAAAUAAUAAUAAUAAUAAUGAUCAUCAAAAGCUUGUUGUUGAUUGUAAUGGUGAAGGUGCUUUUUUUGCUGAAGCUUUUCUUGAUUACACUGUUGCUGAAUUUUUGGAGUUUUCUGGUAAGCCAAACAAGUCCUGGAGAAAAUUACUCUACACAGUUGAUGCUCUUACCUUCUUGGAUGUUCCUCCUCUUGUUGUUCAGGUAACUAACCUCAGGUGUGGUGGAAUGAUCUUGUGCACAGCCAUCAAUCAUUGCCUAUGUGAUGGCAUUGGCACAUCACAGUUUCUAAAUGCAUGGGCCCACAUCACUACCAAUCCCAAUUCUGAUUUACCAAUCCAGCCAUUUCAUAGCCGAUACGUGUUGAAACCCAGAAUCCCACCACAAGUUACCUUUACUCAUCCUGUAUUUACCAACUUUAUCCCACAAAUAGGAGAAAAUUCCCAUUUUGCCCUCAAUAAAUUUCUACAAUCUCAACCUCUUAUUGCUACAUCUAUAACAUUUAAUCCCUCUCAAAUCCUUAACCUAAAAAAGAAAAUUGUUCCAUCUCAAAAAUGUACCACAUUUGAAGUUCUUGCAUCUCACACAUGGCAAGCUUGGGUUAGAUCAUUAAACUUAUUACAUUUGAUUAAUGUUAAGCUUCUUUUCUCUGUUAACAUUAGGAAAAGAAUUGAACCACAAUUACCACAAGGGUAUUAUGGGAAUGGAUUUGUGCUUGGAUGUGCUGAAACAAGUGUAAAAGAUUUGGUCACAAAAAACUUAUGUCAUGGUGUUAAGUUGGUGCAACAAGCUAAAUCUUGCUUGAAUGAUGAUUAUAUAAGAUCCAUGAUAGAUUUGUUGGAGGAUAAAAAGGUAAGAACAGAUCUUUCUGCAACAUUGGUAAUUUCUCAAUGGUCUAGAUUUGGUUUAGAAGAUGUAGAUUUUGGCUCAGGAAAACCGCUGCAAAUGGGUCCUGUAGCUAGUGACAUAUACUGCUUAUUUCUUCCUGUAGUUAAUGAUCCUGAGUCUGUGAGAGUUUUGGUAUCAUUGCCUCAGAAUAUGGCCGAAAAGUUUGAGUUUUACAUGACUCAGUAUUUGGAUUGUGACCAAAAUAUCCAAAUAAAUGGAUAUCAUAACCAAGAAAGAAUGAUACUUGUGUAACAUGGGAUGUGUAUGGUGAAGCAGUGGUGAUUUUAUGUAUGGAUGAUGAUUCUGAUGAGUAUUCUACAAACUUUUAAGAUAGAUGACUUCAAUUAUUAGAUUAGGUGUUGAGUCUCAUGCUAGAAUCUAUCAUGAUCUAUGUUGCUCAGACACUGAUUAUUGAAUAUCUACUCG